AUGGACAUCGUGCACAAAAUGCGUCUGCACGCGUCCGUGGACCAAUUAUGCGUGGACGAUAUCAACGCUUCAAACAUUCACGGCAUGUUGCAGUUCGCGAGAGAGGAUUGCUUUUCGAUUAAGAAAGAUUUAAUCGACGACUGCGCGGAACACGUGACGAGACGAAUCAAACACGAUUCUCAAAACGUUCGAGUGAAAGCGUUGAAGCUGGCGUCGAUUUUAGCGAGAGAAGGACCGGAGGAGAUGAAGUUAUGUCUGAGCAAACGCGUGGCAAAGAUACUAGGAGAUAUCGUCGUCGAUAACGGGGAGAACUUUGGUAAAAAAACGUUCGAACACGCGAAGGACACCACGGAGUGUCUGUUCGGCAAUUUGACGAAAACGAGCGGGAGCGCGAUUGGUAGCGAGAGUAGUAACAGAGGGAGUGAUUCCGCGAAAAUUGUCGGAAUAUCCGGACAACACUCGCAACAACACUCGCAACAAGCCUCGCUCACCGGUCUCGAAGUCGCGUCCGGUUUACUUCGCACGGCGGGCGGAACGGCGAUGAACGUGGCGGAGAAAAUCGGAGCGCAAGUGAACGAAAUCGCAAAGGAGAAAGAAAAACAUCGAACGAAAGUGGACGAAACGUACGAAAAGUCUGAGAUGACCGGUGGAUCGUUGGCGGAUGCCAUGCGAGGAAGAAGUGGAACGACCGCGAGCGGACCGUGGGGGAAACCGGAGGAAGAGGAAGAAAUAGCAAAAGUAAAACCAGAAAUAAAAGCAGAGCAAACAACGAUGACACCAACACCGUUGUCUUCAGAUCCUCUGGCGGAUUUGCUCGGGAUGGCGACGAAUUUUAGUAAUAGCGGUAGUGCGCGCCAAGGAGAACAACAAUCCGAUUCAGAAGUGAAGCGGCGGCAGAAAGCGUCGGAGUGGGUGCUCAAAGGUACCGGUCCUACGAGAGCUAUGGUACAAUCACCACCGCCACCAUCAGCAAUGCCAACGUUAAUACCGUUGGAUGGAUCCGAGGAACAAAAACGAGUCGACUCGUUGUGUGGCGUUGCCGGAGUAAAGCUCGUCCCCGACGAAGCCGAACUCGCGCAACUCUUUGAACACAUCGACAGGAAAGGAUUAGAAGCAUCUUUAAUCGUGCGAGCGCUGCUUGAUAAAAUAGCCUUCGGGUACGACGCUGAGCUCAUGGACGCGCAAUCUGGAUGGAAGUGCGCGAAAAAAGCGCUGGGUUGUGUGUCUAAAGCGUUAUCUCGACGAGACUCCGCUUUAGCGCACGCGUUGAAAGAGGAUGAAAACGUAAAGUUGACCCUUCGCAAGACGAUGGAAAUCAAAGGCGUGAAAGAUACGGUGAAAAAAUCUGCGGGCGAGAUUUUGAAGCAAUUGGACGAAAUGGACGCCUCGUUCUUCGGAACUACUAGUGAGACCACCACGGCUCCUCCUCCUGCUCCUCCUCCUUCUUCUUCCUUUCAGUCGGGAGGAUUAGACGCUUCGCUGUUCAUGGUCGAUGCCGCGAGCGAUACGAACGACGCGUUCUUUUCGUCCAUGGCAGGUACGACGACAGCGGCAGCGACGACGACGACGGCGAGGACAAACUACGACGCACCAAAAGCUCCAAUGACCGGACCAGGUUUACAAGCUUUAGCGGAAUUAGACGCGCAGCAGCAGCAGCAGCAUAAUAAAGAUGGGACGAGACAAAAACAAGACGUGACGAAAGCGUUUGCGUCUUUGAAAUGGUAA